AUGAUCAAAAAUAUUCCCAAUAAGGUCAAACAUGAGGAGUUGAAAGACUUCAUCGACGCAACUAAUUUUGGAGAUUACCAAUUUUUAUAUUUACGUAUCGAUUUUGAAAACCACUGCAAUGUUGGGUAUGCUUUUGUAUCCUUCAAAGACCCCCUGAACAUUAUCCCCUUUUAUCAAAGGAGGCAUGAAAAAAAAUGGAAAAAGUUCAAUUCAGAAAAAGUUUGUCAGCUUGCAUACGCUAAAGUUCAAGGUAUGAGCAAUUUGAUCUACAAAUUUAAGGAUUCAAAAGUUAUGUCAAAUAAUCCUAAUUACCGUCCAAGAAUAUACCAUACUGAUGGCGCUUUCAUAGGGCAAGAAAUGCCUUUCCCGAAUUAG